AUGUUUGCAGCCAGACGUUUCGCCGCCAGAACAAUUCCCCGCGCUGGCCAAGCCGCUGCUCUAUUCCACAGCACUCCCCCUUCUUUCGUAAGAGUUGGAGAUGAGGUGCCAGACCUCAUGGUUCUGUUUGAGAACUUACCCAGCAAUAAGAUCAAUUUGGCCAAGGAGCUGACGGGAAAGGGAUUGAUUAUUGGAACCCCUGGCGCGUUUAGCCCUGCAUGUUCCGCCGCGCACGUUCCCGGCUUCAUCAAACACCAGAAGCUGAGGGACGCCGGUAAGGUGUUUGUGGUUUCUGUCAAUGAUCCAUUUGUAACCGGUGCGUGGUCGCGGAUGAUUGACCCUGAACAAACGAGCGGUAUCCGAUUCCUGGCAGAUCCCAAGGGAGAGUUUACCAAAGCUCUGGAUCUGGAUUUCGAUGCUAAGGCGAUUUUCGGGAACAUUAGGAGCAAGCGGUAUGUGCUGGUGAUUGAGGAUGGUAAGGUUAAGAAGGCUUUUAUCGAACCUGAUAACACGGGUCUUAGUGGUAAGAAAUUGCAGGGUCGUCGAUUUUUCAGGGAUAGGAUUUUUUUUGCUAACAAGGCCUUACGAUACAAUAGUUUCGAGGGCGGAGAAUGUUUUGGGAUAGAUGAGUGCGGCCCCCGUGAAGGGUAUCUGGACCCGUAUUCUGAUUACCAAUCUCUCACUGCAAUGCUAGAAUGCAACCUUAAAAGGAAUGAGGCUGUUGGUCAUCCCGUUAAUCUUUGCCUUGAAGGAUAUAGAAACAGUAUUUCCCAAACGCCCGAACCAAGUGUAUCCAUAUAA